CCAUAGAGUUUCACUGAGUUUACAUCCGGGUUUUUUCCCUAGGCAAUGGGAGUCGCAGCACCGCCGUUCCUUAGGCAAAGUGAAAUAAAUUCGCCGCACCGACACAAAAAGUAGUCCGCGGUUCGAACACGUCCUCCCCGCGCCCCGCUUCGCUCAUCGGCCCGAUUUAAGGAACUUUAAGGGGGACUCGAACAAAUAUCAAACUUCUCGCCGUGGAUCGACGACCACCAGCGGGACGGGUGCGGAGUUUUUGUCCCCCUUCCUCCAGCUCCGAGGCGCAGGGAUCUGUGCUGUGCUGAGGCUGAGCUGAAUGAGAUUGAAGAAGAGUUCUUCUUGUUUUGUAGCUUCAGUUUCUCUGUUUUUUACACAAAUUUCACUAAAACUAAAUCUAAAAUACGGCUCCGGGCUGCAGCCGUGCGGGGAGGACGGCGGCCGGGCUGUUUCUGGAGCUCUUCUUCCACCGUGGAUCGGCUUCUUGUAGAUAUAAAUAUAUAUAUAAAUAUAUAUAUAUUUAAUUAAUCUAGAGAGGAGGACUGCUGCUGAGUAAGGCAGCACAGAGGGGUGGAGUCAGUCCCACAGCCAGGUGCGGCACUUUCAUGCUUCAGUUGGAUGGUUUUCCUACUGGAGACGGUGUUAAGGCUGAUCGAUCGGCUGGUAGACUGACGGGAUCCAUGAUGGAAUUACAGACGCUGCAGGAGGCUCUGAAGGUGGAGAUCCAGAUCCAUCAGAAACUGGUUGCUCAGAUGAAGCAGGACCCUCAGAACGCUGAUCUGAAGAAGCAGCUCCACGAACUUCAGGCGAAGAUCACGGCGCUCAGCGAGAAACAGAAAAAGGUGGUGGAGCAGCUGAGGAAGGAGCUGCUGGUGAAACAGGAGCCUGAGACCAAGCUGCAGCUGCAGGUCCAGACUCCUCCUGCAGGAGGCGACAUCAAGCCAGCCACCCUCCUGCAGACCCAGCAGAUAGGUGGAGGUCUGCAGCAGACCCUGACGGUCACGCCGGUCCUCACCACCAAGACUCUACCUCUGGUGCUGAAAGCUGCCGCCACGCCCGCCCUGCCCGGCUCCGUCCUGCCGCAACGCCCGGCUACUGUCGCCAUGGUAACCACGGCUAUCACCAAGCCCGACUCACAGAACGCCCCCAUCAACCUGCAGGUGACCCCCAGCAAGCUGACCAACCAGAUCUCGGAGCCCGUGCGGCUGGUGUCCAAGAACGCCAUGGUGGUGCAGGCCACCACCACCGCCGCCUCCUCCCAGCCAAUCAAAGUUCCUCAGUUUGUCCCUCCUCCUAGACUGAUGCCUCGACCCACCUUUCAGCCACAGGUCAGGCCCAAACCGGCCACGCCCACCAACGUUCCCAUCGCCCCGGCGCCCCCCCCGCCCAUGAUGGCGGCCCCUCAGAUGCUGCAGAGGCCGGUCAUGUUGGCCACCAAGCUGUCGUCCUCGCUGCCCUCGGCCGCCCCCAUCCACCAGGUCCGCAUCGUCAACGGACAGACCUGCGGCAAGACCGGCGCCGCCCCCCUGACCGGCAUCGUCAUCGCCACCUCGGUGGCCGCGCCCCCCCGCCUCGCCAGCCCCGCCCAGGCCCCCAACACCGCCCCCGUCCCCACCCCGACCCCCGCCCAGCCCAUCCAGAUCAGCAGCCUGACCCCUGAGCCCAAGCAGACUGUUAAAUCAGGAGCAGCGGAGCAGAAGGCCGGCCCCCCCUCCUCCUCCACUCCUCCGCUGUCUCCGCCCCCCAGACCCAAGAAAGAAGAGAACCCAGAGAAACUGGCCUUCAUGGUUUCUUUGGGCCUCGUCACACACGACCACUUGGAAGAAAUCCAGAGCAAGAGGCAGGAGAGGAAGAGGAGGACGACGGCCAACCCGGUUUACAGCGGAGCCGUGUUUGAACCCGAGAGGAAAAAGAGCGCAGUGAGUUACCUGAACAGCCCUCUGCACCAGGGGACCAGGAAGAGAGGUCGUCCACCCAAAUACAGCAGCGUCCCGGAGCUGGGCAGCCUCACCCCGACCUCCCCCUCCAGCCCCGUCCAUCCCCUCCCCCUGCCCAGCCCCAGCUCUGGGGAUGGAGACAUCCAUGAGGAUUUCUGCACUGUGUGCAGACGCAGUGGCCAGUUGCUCAUGUGCGACACGUGUUCUCGUGUUUAUCACCUGGACUGCCUGGAUCCGCCCCUGAAAACCAUUCCUAAAGGCAUGUGGAUCUGUCCAAAAUGCCAAGAUCAGAUCCUGAAGAAAGAAGAGGCCAUCCCCUGGCCCGGCACGCUGGCCAUCGUUCAUUCCUACAUCGCCUACAAAGAAGCUAAAGAAGAAGAGAAACAGAAGCUCAUGAAGUGGAGUUCAGAGCUGAAGCUGGAGCGAGAGCAGCUGGAGCAGCGAGUCAAACAGCUCAGUAACUCCAUAACGAAAUGCAUGGAAACCAAAAACUCCAUCCUGGCUCGUCAGAAGGAGAUGCAGCUUUCUCUGGACAAAGUCAAACACCUGAUCCGCCUCAUCCAAGCCUUCAACUUCAACCAAGCUCUGGCAGAGACGGAGGGGCAGGACGUCAGAGUCCAGUCUGGUCCUGGAGCUGGUCCUGGAGCCGGCCCCGGUCCCGGAGCCGGUCCUGGAGCCGGUCCUGAGACCACUGAGGGGUCUGAACCUGCUCCAGACCUCAACUCUGUGGAUGCAGCCAAGUCGGACAGCGCCGAGGAGAAGAAGGCAGAGGAUACAGCCACGGGAGGGGGCAACCAAACUGACAGCACCGCCCUAACAGCAGAUAACAGCCCCCGGGGCGGGGCAGGGGGCGGGGCAGGGGCAGGGGGCGGGGCUACCACAGAGACUGGUCUGGAGGCCGAGGCCAAGCCUGAGGCCGAGGCGGCGCCGGCGGCUGAGGUGGUUGCGACGGUCGCUACCACCAACGGCACGUCUGAGCCACACGGCCCCGCCCACAGCCCCGCCCACGGCCCCGCCCACAGCCCUGCGGGGGGCGGGGCCACCAACAACAACUCUGACAACAAGACGGCCGUGGUGGAGCCACCAGAGGAGGAGGAGGAGAAGCAGGAGGAGAUCAGCCACAGUGACGGCAGCAACACCAACAACAGCAAAACCUCAGAACCCUCCCAGCAUUGUUUGCCAGCUCUGGUCACUAGUUUGGACACGAAGGAGUGAAGCUGUGUCUCUGGAGUCAAACAUAUAUAUUAAAGAAAAGAAGACUCUGCUUGCACCACACGGUGCCCUGAAGUUGCCAAUCUGUAUAAAUGUUGUUUGUUUGCAUUGUAUUGUCAGACUGUGUCAAUGGUAGAUAUACAGCCAGAGUGUCCCGGCUCUGGGGAGACGUGGGCCGUCCCUCCACCGAGGGGGGGGGGGGGGUCCAGGAAGGACAGCGAACGCACCAGUGUCCUCAUGCCAAUUAGUGAAGGACGUCAUGGAGGGGACGCUCCGAGGGAGAUUCAGCUCAUCAUCACACCAGUGUGUGCCUGUUACAGUGGCCCCUGUGUUCUCGGGGGGGGGGGGUGUUCAGAAAGGCCACCACGGUAACGGGGGGGGGGGGGGUCCUGGUCCGAGAAGCAGUGUUGUGAUAGAAAGUGAAGAGAGAACCGGUUCAUCCCCUCAUCCCAACGGACUCAAUGUGAAUAACCCCCCCCCCCACAGGCCCCACCCAGGCCCCAGCCCCGGCCCCGGCCCCACCCCGACUGACCCCCCAACAGACCCCGACCCCCCAACAGCCCCCGACCCAGACAGAAACCAUUCCAAUCACACCAUGACCCCGUCCAGUCUCUCACAGUCCAGUAUGCUUCAGCCAGGCUCAGCCCUCCAUGAGCCCCCCAUCUGGAUCUGGGUCUGGAUCUGGGUCUGGAUCUGGGUCUGGAUCUGGGUCUGGAUCUGGUUCUGGGUCUGGGUCUGGAUCUGGUUCUGGGUCUGGAACAUAAUGGGACAUUUAGACCAACGUCAGCAGAACCUGUAGCGUCCUGGUUCAGACCUGACAACAUUCCCUGGGUUUUAACCCCUGACUGAAGCAUUGGGACUCUAUCAGACCCCCCCUCCCACCACACCCCCAGCCCCUCCCACCCCCAGCCCCAGCCCCUCCCCCACCACACCCACAGCCCCUCCCACCCCCCAGCAGAGACUGGACCUGAGCUUCAGUCUGGUUCAGAUCAGGGUCGUAUCUGAGGCUCACUGAAGCUUUAAUAACACGACGCCCCCCCAUAGAACCAGGACCAGACCAGACCGGACCGUCCCAGACCACCUCAACCCGGCUAAUCUCCCCUGUGUCCCCCCGUGUCCCUGAGCUGAGUGGGAGGACCAGGUCCAUGUCUUCAGUGGUGUCGGUCAAGUGUAGUGAUUGAGUUCUUCAUUUGUGAGUCAAAGUGAGUCAACUGUGAGCACUAAAUGUGAAGUUGCAAUAUUGCAAUGUCAACACACACACACACACACACACACACACACACACACACACACACACACACACACACACACACACACACACUCACUCUAUAUCUGGGCUGUGUUUCUUUUUAUAGGAAAAGAUAUUCAGGUCUUCCUAGUCUUCAGAAUAAGUGCUUUCUGUUCCUGAACCUGCUGGACCGGCAUUAUCAACACAGAGAGGAGCCCUCCUUCCUCUGGGGGGGGGGCUGAGGUGGGGGGGUGGUGGUCUUUGAGCAUUUCUGUUGAAUCCUGAACUGCCAAAACCAUGUUGCAUCCAAAUUGAGCAGGGACCGUCCUCUUCCUGGUCCAGAGGGCCUGGUUGGUGGUGGAGUCAGGGGGGAGAGCUGGCUGAAUAAUAAUGAUGGGGGGGGGUCGAUCCUGCUCCUCAGACCAGGCCACAAACCCUGAGAUUAAAGCACAAGCUUGCUGCAUCACAAAGAAGUGCUGAAGAGCUUUUUGUAUGUUCCUAUGGAUUAAACAGAGUAUGCAUCUCUACGUCUCAUAUUUUUCUAGAGGAUUUAAACCCGAGUCUGAGGCUCAUGAGUCCGGCUCAUGUUUUCUGGAUUGUUGCUCUUCUCUUUCUGGAGCUCGUCUCAAACGCUGCUGGUUUUCAGCUCCAUCCGUGGCUCCUGGACCCUGGUCUGGGCCCUGGUCUGGGCCCUGGUCUGGGCCCUGGUCCGGACCCUGGUCUGGGCCCUGGUCUGGACCCUGGUCUAGUCCUGAACAGGGCCUCUCGCGUCCCAUCGUUUGCUGAGGACAAACCUUGUUCCUCUAAAAUGUCACUGGAGCAUCUUUAAAUGUUUCAUCUAGACCAGAGGGGGCCGGCUCAGUCUAGACCAGGGGGGGGCAGGUCAGUCUAGACCAGGGGCCGGUUUGAUCUAGAGGGUCCGGACCAGUAACGCAACACAAUCACAACCAGGAAGUAACCACAACUACACACUUUAACAUUAGUUUUAGAACAAGGAGGUCAGACCCUCCCACCCGUCGGUGAGCGCUAGCAUGCUAGCAGCGCUAAGGCCAUCCUAUGUCUUCCAAUGGAAACCAUUAGCUUAUUUAGCAUGUUAGCAUGAUGACUGAUUCACAUGCAACAUCCUGAUCUGACACAGACACAGGAACAAAGCAAAGAUGAUGAAACGACGUUUCAAACCUGUGGCCUGUGGACCAGGACUAAACAGAACCAGGACCAGACAGACCCAGGACUAAACAACCAGGACCAGACAGACCCAGGACUAAACAGAAACGGGGCCAGACAGAACCAGGACUUAACAGAACCAGAACCAGACAUGAGUCCAGAUCAAACUAUUUUUCUGUUAUUGAAUCUAAUCAUCUUCUUCUUUGAACUAAAACGGAUGUUGAAGUGUGUAGUUGUUGUUGCUUCCUGGUUGUGAUGCUGUUGUGUUACUGGUCUGGACGUGGCCCCUGUAAACCCCCCCCCCCCCGGUCUAGUUUGACUCUUCUGUUUCAUAUCACACGGACUCUUGGAACCAUAUCUGACACCUGAACUUCUGGCAUCAGCUGUUCAAACUGCCUUCACUGAAGAUUAGAUCCGACUUUAUUUAUCCCGGGGGGGCGGGGCGAGCGGGGCGGAGGGCGGGGUCAGGGAAGGGGCGGGGCGGAGGGCGGGGUCAGUGGCAUCACUGAUGAGGAGCUGGAGGAAGAGAAGAGCCAGAGAUGCAACUCUUAGCAGAAAAAUGGCAACUAAUGUUUAACCAGUUCCUCCUGAAUAUCAUGCGUUGUGUGUUUUGUCGUCUGUGGGUGGAUGUUCUUCUUCUUCUUCUUCUUCUUCGGUCUUUCCUCAUGUCAGACUGUGUUCACUCACGGCUUCAGUCUCCUCACUCACCACCGCUUUCUUUCUAAAGCCCAAACCUGUUCCAGACAAACUCUCCCUCUGUACAGUAGGUACCUCGAGUGCCUUUCUUCAAACAGCAGAUAAUAUUUGUCUCUUGACUUGCACUGUGACUUGUAGAACCUUACUACCCCUCUGGAUUACCCCCCCUCACCCGAUCCACAUCCCCCCCCCCCGUCCCAGGAUCUCCUCCAAACCCGGUCCCUUCACCUCAGGCUGCCAGUAGUCGAUGCAAGUUGAACCAUUUCAUAUUAGAUUUCAUAUUCUGCCGUUUUAAUUGACCACAUAGUGUUUUGUUGAAUAGAGGAGUUGCCUUAAAUGUGUUUUAUUUUCCUUUUUAUGUGAUUCACUUUUACAUUCGGGAAAAAAACUUGUGGUGCGGACGCUGGCGGGUCAGAGGCCGUGUGUUGAGAAGCCGCUCGGAGUUCAGUGCUGCACUUUUGGUUUGACCAGUAUUAUUAUCAGAGAGGGUCCACGCCCCGGAUGUUAGUUUUAGUUUGAAAGGUCCGUCCUGGUCCCCGGCCCCCGGCCCCAGGUCCCUGGUCCCGGUCCCGGUCCCUGGUCCCCGGUCCUGGUCCUGGUCCUGGUCCUGGACCCGGUCUCUGGAACCUGUGACGAUCAAACUUCAACGGGAUUAGCGGCGGCCGUCCCCGGCGGCGGCGGAGCUCAUGCCUUCUUAUGCAAACUUUUAUACAGGAUUUGUGGAACCUUUUUAAUAUGCAUUUAAUUUUGUUUCUUUGUUUUGUUUUUAGUUUUUAUGUGAAACUCGAGUCACCUUCGUUUUCUUUGAACUUUCCAGCGUCCUGAAGCCAAACGCGUUCAGUUGAGUUUGAUAGUCGAAGCCGUCCACGUCGUCGUGGCAACGGGUUUCAGAGACAGAGAUGGAGAGAAGGCCAUGGAUGGAUGGAUGGAGGGAGGGAGGGAGGGAGGAGCGGUUCCUGUCCCAGGGACUAGAAAGAAUUUGACUCCUGGUUGUGCAACCACACACCUGAAGGCUGAGGUUUUACAAAUAUCAGACAUGAAGUAAAAGCCUUAUUUGCUGUUUUACAGAUUUAUGUGUGGGUUAAAAAGGACGGGGGGUGAACAUGGGGGGGUCCUAAUGUCCAAAUGGUCCCUCGCUUUCUCUGAAAAGUGAAUCUAUCCAAAGAACGCUGCAGACGUACCUUCCUGACACGGUCGCUGUGUUUGGGCGUCGAGCUGGAGGGCGGGAGGGGACGGGGACGGGGACAGGGACAGGACGGGGACGGGGAUGGGGACAGGACGGGGAUGGGGACGGGGACGGGGACAGGACGGGGACAGGACGGGGGCAGGACGGGGGCGUCGCUCCCGUGGCUCGAGUCUUUCCAUGGUUCAGUUUUAAAACGAUCAAGUCAUGAUUGUGGCCUUCUAGUAUUCUGUCGAUACAUGACGUCAUUUCUCCGUCGUUCCCGCUCGCCUCCAUCACUCAUUCAUCCGUUCAUCCGUCCCUCAUCCCUCCAUCCUGUCCAGACCCAACUGUACCUGCAGCUUCUUACCUCAUCCACGGCUGAUUCCACUGGGGGUGUGUUGAGUGCAAAAAAAACAAAAAAACUACAAAAACAGAAUUAAAACAGUAAAAAAUAAAAGAAGUCUUUUUUUAUCUUCCAUUUGGUGAGAUGCAUUGUAGCGAUAUGAAUAAAGAAAAAGUUCACCUGGUGUGCUGAAUAAUGUGUAAAUUGGUAAUUACACAAUCUGAAUAUUUGUAUAAUUGUUUGUAUUUUUUCAUAAUGAUUUUGGAAAGGAAUGUGUUUAUUUUUUGACUUCUGUUCCAGAUGUGUCUUCUGUUGGCCUGACAUUGUGACUGGUCUGGUGGGAUUCUUACCUCUGUAUUGAGCCUCUUCUGUGAUGAAUUCUUUGUAUGCAGUGUUUAGGAAAUACUGUAGGGAACAUGGGGAGGAGUUGAUAUUAGGAGCAUUUGAUCAAUUUGUAUUUAUUUAUUUUAUCAUUUUGUUAAUAAAUUGUGAAAACCA